GCCCUGACCUGUGGAUUGGGUCCGAGCUGGACAGUGGCGAAGGAGCUGAAAGUGGCACGGUCCGGACCGGUGGCGGAUGUGUGGCGGGUGGGUAUCCAGGUGACCUGGUGGGGUGCAGGCGACUGGAAGAUCCCGCCGGAGUCCGUUUCCGAGCUGACCGAGCUGACCAAAGCACUGGUGUCCGUACUGGAGCUGCUGCUGGAUGGCGCUUGCUUCGGCUUCGGCUUCGCUGGCUUAGACCUGGGGCGCGCCUUCGGCUUGGGGGUCUCAUUUGGCCUUGUGCUGGUACUUGAGCUGCUGGAGCUCGAGCUGAUUGAGUCCCAGACUCGUGGGGAUGCAAAGGCACAGUUUGGGAGCGACCUGCAUGCUGCCACAGCUGGGUACCACCUGUUCCAUACCGACCGGCUAGAAGCCCCGCGGGUAAGGCACCACACACAAGACUUUGAGGGACUGAUAUGUGGUUCGAGUGGCUCUGCUGACAGCUGCUGUCAAGACCCGGGCCUUGCUUCGAAGAGGAGUUCCCGCCUUCUCGAAAAUCACCUGAGCAUGGAUGCCACACGAAUUGUAAUGUCCUGCCCCGCUGCCGUGGUAGAGCACCACAGGCGCAGAGAUGAGGUCCGGACCCGCCUUGGCAGGAGCUGGGGCACCCGGAAUCCACCUAAUGCAUUGACAGACAUGCUGAGCCACAGCAGUUGA